GUAGCAGGCUGCAGUGGCUGGGGAGACCCUACUCAUUCCUGUGCCCCUCCUAACCAGUCCUAGAUAGGGCUAAAGAACCUCUAUAAACCUUUCCAGAAGCUUCCAGUUGACACAUUCUCUCUCUCCUCUGAAAUCCUACGAGUGCUAUCUCAUGAUUUACAAAGACCCAAUACAUGUGCUGUCUCAUUCUGUCAUUGCCAGUCUUAAGUCUUAAGCCCUUUGAGGCCUGGUUCUACAGCCGAGACAUCCUCUAUUUCUCCACCAUCUCUCUGUCUCAUUCAGAGCACACAGUAUGAAUGAGGUCAAUAAACACAGUGUUUUUUGUUUUGUUUUGUUUUGUUUUUGUUUUUUUUGAGACAGAGUCUUGCUCUGUUGCCCAGGCUGGAGUGCAAUGGUGUGAUCUCAGCUCACUGCAACCUCCGCCUCCCGGGUUCAAGUGAUUCUCCUGCCUCAGCCUCCCGAAUAGUUGCAAUUACAGGCGCCCGCCACCACACCCGGCUAAUUUUUGUAUUUUUAGUAGAGACGGGGUUUCACCAUGUUGGCCAGGCUGGUCUAGAACUCCUGACCUCAGGUGCUUCGCCCACGUCGGCCUCCCAAAAUGCUGGUAAUACAGGCGUGAGCUACCGUGCCCGGCCCAAUAAACGCAUUGGUUUUUUUUUGUUUGUUUGCUUUGUUUUGAAACAGAGUCUUGCUCUGUCGCCCAGGCUGGAAUGCAGUGGCGCUAUCUCAGCUUACUGCAACCUCCGCCUCCUGGGUUCAAGCGAUUCUCCUGUCUCAGCCUCCCGAGUAGCUGGGAUUACAGGCACCCGCCACCACGCCCGGCUAAUUUUUGUCUUUUUAUUACUGAUGGGGUUUCACCCUGUUGUCCAGGCUGGUGGAACUCCUGAGCUUAAGUGAUGUGCCUGCCUCAGCCUCCCAAAGUGCUGAGUUUACAGGUAUGAUCCACUGCGCCUAAACAUACUGUUGAGUGUAACCUCAAAUAAGUCAUUUAACCCUUCAGGGCUUUGUGUAUCUGUAAAAGGCAGACAACAGUCCCUAACAGGCUAUUGCAGAUAAUGGGCUUAGCACUAUGAAGCAGCUGUUUUAUGGGGCUCCAGGUUCACAUAGGUUUGACAAUUGAAUUAUGAAAGAUAAAGGAGAAAGACUUGUCAGCCUCUCCGAGUAGAUCCUUUGGCCGAAGGAGUGUCCAUGUGGGGUGGUAUCUCGGCCUGGUGGAGGGGGAUGCGAUGGUAGUGAGAAUACUAGGGUAUUCAUAUCUUUCCUCCCGAGUCAAACGUUGCCAGGCACGUUCCUUUCGCCCCUCCCACCCUCCAUUCCGGAUUAAUUCCAAGUUUAAUUCCAAAUAUUAGAGUGUGGUAGAAAAGGUCAAAUAGAGCAGCCACGGAUUAAGCAAACGUCCCUCCGCGUGUGGUGGGGGCUGCAGCGCCCGUAGCUCCACGCUCCGCCCCGCCGCCGCUGAUUGUCCCGCGCCUUGUGACGUCACACGCGGGUUUUUAAGGCCGAACCCUAGGCAGGCUCUGCAGAGGCAGCGGUUGGAGGCGCGCUGGGUGUCCGCGGUGUUUCACCGGGAAAGGCUCGAGGAGAGCGCGGCUCACGAGAGAUAACCCAGCUGUGCUCCCUGGAACCUUCAAUUUCAAGGCCUCCCUGCCUCUACUAGGCGCCUUAGCUCACUAUGGGGAACCACUUGACUGAGAUGGCGCCCACUGCCUCCUCCUUCUUGCCCCACUUCCAAGCCCUGCAUGUCGUGGUCAUUGGGCUGGACUCUGCUGGAAAGACCUCCCUCCUUUACCGCCUCAAGUUCAAGGAGUUUGUCCAGAGUGUCCCCACCAAAGGCUUCAACACCGAGAAGAUCCGGGUGCCCCUCGGGGGAUCGCGUGGCAUCACCUUCCAAGUGUGGGACGUCGGGGGGCAGGAGAAGCUGCGACCACUGUGGCGCUCUUAUACCCGCCGGACAGACGGUCUAGUGUUUGUGGUGGACGCUGCGGAGGCUGAGCGGCUGGAGGAGGCCAAGGUGGAGUUGCACCGAAUCAGCCGGGCCUCGGACAACCAGGGCGUGCCAGUGCUGGUGCUGGCCAACAAGCAGGACCAGCCCGGGGCACUGAGCGCUGCUGAGGUGGAGAAGAGGCUGGCAGUCCGAGAGCUAGCAGCCGCCACUCUCACUCAUGUGCAAGGCUGCAGCGCUGUGGACGGUCUGGGCCUGCAGCAGGGCCUGGAGCGCCUCUAUGAGAUGAUCCUCAAGAGGAAGAAGGCAGCUCGGGGUGGCAAGAAGAGACGGUGACCCGAGCCCCCCCUCCCUUUCCUCCCACCUAGUAGGGGUCUGCACACUUGGACAGCAGGGUGGGACCAGCCUGUGACCUCUCAGUCAGACUGGGGUGCAGGACCUGUCCACCUCAAUGAAGGAGAGAGGAGCAUGGGGCGUCCCGUUUUGGCGCCACACUGGGGUGGGGAUGGGAGAUGGGAUGUCUUUGCAUCUCUCUCUCAUCCUCUCUGGAGAAGUGGGCGCUGCAGGACUGUGGAGACGUAAAUGUAAACUGUGACUCUACCUCGACCCUGUUUCUUAUUUUUCUUCUCUGGCUUUUUAAUUGGAUGUGUUUGGGGGCGGGGGGAUGGAAGUGACUUGGAGAAUGUGUUUGGGAUGAAAUAACUAUCUCCCCUUCCUCUGUCCCCCAACUGGGGAGUCUCCCCAGGCUGCUUUUCUAGGAAUACCAGUCACAUAGUUUUUAUUUUUGUGUCUGUGAAAGUGCCAAGAACCCCUCCCCACAUUUGUAGAUCCAUGACCCUUUUUAUAAGCUGUGUGUGUCCUCUGUAUUAUUGUUAUUAACUAUUUUUUAGCAUUUGCCUGUAAGUUAUUAAAGACUGAUAACUGUAGCUCUUA